AUGGACGACGAGGCCGGCUUCACCAAGUUUGUUAGCGGCGACACCGUCUACGCCCGCGCGCGCCGCCUCCACCGCGCGACGACCGGCCGUACGACCAAGCGCUUUGUCGCCAACUGGGCGCUUGAAGACUACCUCGAGACCAUGCGCCGGACACCGCCGCCGCCGGUGACUCGCCACGUGCGUGACGCCGCCCGCGACCUCUUGUCUCGCCUGGAGAAGAACCAGUUCUACGUACACGACGAGCGCGACAUCAACGAUCUCCUCGCACUGGGCUUGCCCCGCGUCCGGUCGCUGGACGAGCUACCCGCCCAUGCCAUCGACGCCAUCUUGGCCCGCGAUGGCUCGCGCAGCGAUGCACCGCACAAAAUCGCUCUUCGACUGAGCGCCAAGCUGAGGCCGCUCCAGGACGAGCGGGAUGCGCUGCGCGCGGUUGGCCUCCGGAACACACUGCUGUACCAGGUGACGGCCCACGAGUGCGCGUCGCUGGUGGCGAUGGCAGCGAACGACACGACCGACUAUGCGGCAGCGUCGGCCAUUGCCGCCAAGGAGUUUAUGCGGCGCAUCCACAAGUCGGAAACCCACGGGUGCGCGAGCUUUAGCGAGUACAACCGCUGGGACCGGCGGCGGUUCCACGACUAUGGUCGCGGCAAGCGCCACGCAAAAGCCACGUGGGCCGGGGACUGCGACGACGACACGGCCGCGGCUGCCGACGCGAUGCAAGAGAUGCAUCUGGAUACUGCGCACGAGUCGUUUGAUGCGCAAGAGAACGCGAUUGAGAACGGCCAGCGUGAUGACGGCGACGCCUACGAUUUUUGCAACGACCUACCCGGCACCAACGCUGGUGCGAGUAGCCCCCAACGAAGCUCAUAA